GUUUAUAUUUUGUUGAAUCCUUUGAGAGACCGCUGAAACAUAAAUAAACUAGCAUGGCAUUUGGUUUCAAAUCGGAAGAGGAAGCUCAGGAAUAUUUAGAGAAAUUAGGAAUCGAAUACAAAUUUUCUUGUUUCAAGGAGAAAGAUCCUGAAGGUUGUCACUUGCUAGGAGAUUACUUAGAAGCUGUAAAGAAGGAUUUUGAGAGUGCAGUAAAAGUUUUCAAAUCAAAUUGUGAUGAGAGGAAUUAUGCAAAAAGUUGUUUCAAAUUUGGCAAUUUUAGCUACUUAGGGAAAGGAUGUGAAAGUAAUAACUUAUUGGCAUUUGAUUACUAUAAGAAAGCUUGUGACCUCAACCACCCAGAUGGAUGCUUGCAUGUAGGUGUUAUGCUGACAAGUAAAGAGAAAAGUCCUGGAAAAGAUACCACAGAGAUAAAAUUAGAUUUCCCAAAUGGUGUAAAAGCAUUAGAAAAAGCUUGUGCUGGUGGAAAUGUUAUGGGUUGUUUCUUUGCUAGUAGUUUAUAUAUUACUGGUGCUGAAGGUGUCCCAAAGGAUAGGAAAAAAGCUUCAGAAUUAUCACUAACUGCUUGUAACGGCGGAAAUAUAUAUGCUUGUAUGAAUCUGAGUCGAAUGUACAAAAAUGGCGAUGGAGUAGAAAAGGACGAAGCAAAGGCAAAUGUAUUUAAAGAAAAGGCUCGUGAAAUACGUGAUGAUAUGAGGAAGAAACAAUCAAUUGGUUUACAACAACAUACAUAGUAUUUCAUGAACAAUGAUAGCUAAUAGUGUAAAAUAACUUUUUAGUGCAAUUUAAUUUAUUGUAAAUAAAACUGCCUUAAAAAAAGUUUAAACAAAAGUCUUGGCAUAAUUUAUUACUGGUAAAAAGUUUAUCAUUUUAUCACUGAACUAAGAAGGAUCAGUUAAAUUAAAUGAUAAUUUUAUAUAAUUCAAUGUACAUAGCUUUAAAUUCAUUUUCUAAAGUAAAAUUAUUAUUACUGCAUACAAAAAGGAUGAAUUAUUAUAUGUAAACUAUAACCACUGGAUUUGCAGUAAUCACCCUCCAUUAUCUACAUGUUUUAUUUAAUUUAUUUCAUGUUUGAAUUGACUCUCAUUCACUUCACAUAUUUGAAUUCUAAAAUUUGUAUAAUGAUAUAUAUAUUUUGGGACUUAAUUAUCAGCCAGUAAGUUUUUG